GGAAGAUUUAAAAAAAAAGAAAAAACAGAAAAUUGACCUUUGAAAGCAAAACAGCAGGUGGAGAGCUAAAACCAGGCAGCUCAGGACACACUGGGAGGAAACUGAACACGGAGGAAAAUGAAAGUUUGAAUUCUGUGGAGCUGAAGAGGGACUAAAGCUGCGAUGAGGCCCACCGCUGGCAGUCUGGCUGUCAUUCGAGUGUGGUAGUGCACAUGACGGCAGUGUUUGUUUGCCAGGCAGCGGCGAGGUAAGGCAUCAGACUAAUGGAGGGAGAGGAGGCGUCCAGGGCAGCCAUGGCGCGGCACAGCCGUCUGACCGCCCUUCAGGAGCAGCUGAUCUGGGCCCUGCUGGAAUCCGGGCUGUCCCGGGACGUCCUGGUCCAGGCCGUGGGGGAACUGGAGCAGGACCGGGCGAGUGCCGGCGCGGAAAAGGGAGAGAGGGGGGAUGGAGAGAGCUCCGAGGAGGGAGAAAUGGACUUCCCGCCGCCUAUAUUCCGGGAGCUGGAGAAGUUCCCCCCGCAAGAGGCGGCCAAGCUGAGGGCUGAGGUUGACCAGCUCCUGCAGGAGGACCCCUGGCAUGUCGCGAAAAUGGUGAAAAGCUACAUGCAGCAGCACAAUCUCCCCCAGCGAGAGGUGGUGGAGUCCACGGGACUCAACCAGUCCCACCUGUCCCAGCACCUCAACAAAGGCACGCCCAUGAAGAAUCAGAAGAGGGCCGCUCUGUACAGCUGGUAUGUCAAGAAGCAGUGCGAGAUCAGCCAGCAAUUCACCAACGCCAAACAUGGCAUUGGAUCGAUGGAUGAGCAAGACGAAACCAGGAAAGGGCGCAGGAACAGGUUCAAGUGGGGCCCAGCGUCCCUGCAGAUCCUCUUCCAUGCCUACGAACGACAGAAGAACCCCAGCAAGGAGGAGAGAGAGGGGCUGGUGGAGGAGUGCAACAGGGCAGAGUGCAUCCAGAGGGGAGUGUCCCCCUCACAGCUCGCUGGAUUGGGCUCCAACCUGGUCACUGAAGUUCGGGUGUACAACUGGUUUGCCAACCGCCGAAAAGAGGAGGCCUUCCGCCACAAACUGGCCCUCGACACGCCCUACACCAACCAAUCUGCCUCGUCUUCGAACCUCAACCUUCCACCAAGUCCCGAGCAUGGUGUGAAAUAUAGCCAGCAAAUUCUGUGCGACACAACCAGAGGUGGCGGAGCAGAGAGAGUGGGACGCAUUGUCCAACUGGAGCCCAGCCACACACUCCUCGAGACCCAUAACCUCAAGCCGGUGUCCAGCAGUGGCCCACUGCCCCCAGUAAGCACUCUGACCUCCCUGCACAGUCUGUCCUCCUCCUCCUCCUCCUCACAGGGCCUCAUCAUGACAUCACUGCCCAGCGUCAUGAGCCUCGGGGAGUCCUCACUUCUCAUCGGUUUGACCUCCGCGCAGUCUCAGACCGUACCCGUCAUAAACAAUUUAGGGGGUGGGUUCACGACGCUGCAGCCCAUCUCGUUCCAGCAGCAGCUUCACGCCUCCGCACAGCAGCCGCUAUCGCAACACCUUCAGGGUCACAUGGGUGCCAGUCCGUUCAUGGCCACCAUGACACAGCUGCCAUGUCACAUGUACAACAAGUCGGAUUCCCCCCAGUACCAUCCGUCCAGUCUGCUGUCACAAGCCAUGGUCAUCACUGACAGCAGCAGCCUGGGGACUCUGACCAGCCUUGCUACUGUCAGACAGAUUCUCACAGCAGACUCCGAGGAACAGACGGACCCAACCCUACAAGAAGAUUCCCUGCACCUACAGCGACACACACCUGUGCCAGCAUCUUCCGGGAGCUUGGAGCUGUAUCCAGCAUCCCAGACGACAGACAGCCAUCAGUCUCACCUGCUGUCACCGUCACCCACAGACAUCAACUCCUACAUCCCGACACAAUUGGUCUCUACUGCACAGUAGAAGUGCUCCGGCAGUUUACUGUCUCCUCACCGCCAGCUGGACUCCGUAUGUCUGACGGUGAUUUGUGAUGGACAGCUACGUCUCCAGGGAAACCUGGAGUCGGGGGGUUACAGGGGGGACAAUUCAGCCUUUUGUUUCAAAGACUCUGAUUCAAACGCCAGACAACUGUAAAAUUGGAACAGGGAGCAACAUUGGAGAGGAUUUGACGUGGAAGAGAAUUAACUGAAAAUCAAUGGCAAAGCGUAUUUUUUAUUCAAAUGUUUUGUAAUAUGCAGAAAUGGUAAAUUCAAUUGAACCUUGUAAACCAUGUUACCCACAUUAUGUUUUCACUUACUGCCUCGAAAUGUGUUUCCCCCACACUAUAAUGUGUCUCUCACACAACAAAGUAAAGGCCAUUUCAAAAAUAACAAGGGCAAUGAUAUUAAAACAUUUUGAAAAAUA